ACUUUAACCUCCCUUGUCGGUCGCUGGCUUAUUGGUCGCUAGUUUCAAGGAGCAGACAACAAGAUGCUGUGUUCAAGGUUUCUGAGAUCUCACUGUCCGUUGAGACAUGGGUUGAUGAGAAGUAAAGCCUCUGUAGCAGCUCAGAAACCAUUUAUCUACCAGGAUGUGUUUGAACCUGAUCAUGCUCGCGACACACCAUUCAAGAAACUUACCGGUGACUUCGUCUCUACUAUUGAAGUUGAAGGCAGAAAGAUUCUAAGAGUGAAACCAGAAGCACUAACCAUGCUAGCAUCUCAAGCUAUGAUUGACAUUGCUCACUUACUCAGGCCCAAACAUUUACAACAAUUAAGAAACAUCCUUGAUGAUCCCGAAGCCUCAAGUAAUGAUCGUUUUGUAUCAUUAGAGCUACUCAAGAAUGCCAACGUAGCAUCAGCAAUGGUCUUACCAGGUUGUCAAGAUACAGGAACAGCCAUCAUGAUGGGUAAAAGAGGUCAGAAUGUCUGGACAGAUGAGAGAGAUGAAGAACAUUUAUCUAGAGGAGUCUAUAACACAUACACACAGAAGAAUCUUAGGUAUUCACAGGUAUCCCCACUGGAUAUGUUCAAGGAAGCAAACACAGGAACCAACCUACCAGCACAGAUAGAACUCUACGCAGUCCCAGGAAAUGAAUAUCACUUUCUCUUUAUCGCCAAGGGAGGAGGUUCAGCAAAUAAAACAUUUCUUUACCAGCAGACAAAGGCUCUCCUCAAUAAAGAAAAACUCAUGGCUUUUGUCAAUGAGAAAAUCAAGACAAUUGGUACAGCUGCAUGUCCUCCAUACCAUCUAUCGUUUGUGGUUGGUGGACUAUCCGCAGAGAUGACUCUCAAGACUGUUAAAAUGGCUUCUACAAAGUAUUAUGACACCCUACCAACGACAGGUAAUGAGCAUGGAAGAGCCUUCAGAGACGUAGAGUUGGAGAAAGAAAUCCAUGAGUUAUCUCAACAGCUUGGUAUAGGAGCUCAGUUUGGUGGGAAAUACUUCUGUCAUGAUGUGAGAGUUAUCCGUCUUCCUAGGCAUGGUGCAUCUUGCCCUGUAGGACUGGGUGUUUCAUGCUCUGCAGACAGGCAGGCGAUUGGUAAGAUAACAGAGGAAGGUGUGUUCCUAGAGCAGCUUGAAACCAAUCCUAUCAAGUAUCUACCUGAGGUCCAAGAGGGUGACCUGAGUGGUGAGGUCAUCAAGGUCAAUCUAAACCAACCCAUGGAUGAUAUCCUAGCAACACUGACUCAGCAUCCAAUCAGAACUAGGAUCAGCUUGACAGGCACAUUGGUGGUUGCUAGGGACAUUGCACAUGCUAAGCUGCAGGAGAGGUUGGAUGCUGGUGAAGAGCUUCCUCAGUAUAUGAAAGAUCAUCCUGUUUAUUAUGCAGGACCAGCAAAGACACCAGAGGGCUAUGCAUCGGGAUCAUUUGGACCUACAACGGCAGGCAGAAUGGACUCUUAUGUCAACUCAUUUCAGGCUGCUGGCGGGUCAAAGGUCAUGUUAGCCAAAGGGAACAGAAGCAAAGAUGUCACCAAGGCAUGUAAGACUCAUGGUGGUUUCUACCUUGGUUCUAUUGGCGGGCCGGCAGCCAUCUUGGCUCAGGACUGUAUCAAGAAGGUUGAAGUGUUAGAGUAUGAAGAGCUUGGUAUGGAGGCUAUCUGGCGGGUAGAUGUGGAGGAUUUCCCAGCUUUUAUUGUGGUUGAUGACAAGGGAAAUGAUUUCUUUAAAAAAUGGCAGGUGGAAUGAUUCAUAUGAUUGACAAUUCAAGAACUCUAUACUUGAACUUGUUAAGUACCACUUCUAUUUAGUCAUUUUAUUAUGACAUUAAUAUUUGUUUCUCUUUAAAAUUUACCUCAAAACUUUAACCCUGCAUGUCCAGGAUCGAUAUGGAGGGGUAUGUCUCUUCAUCAGUCCAAUCAGAAUACCUUCAAAGUUUGGAUAUAUAUAUAUACAGUCAAAUCUGCUUUAGUGACCAUCUGUCUACAAAGACCGUAUUUGUUGUUUCCCUUGAAAAUGGUUUCCC